AGUCAGCCAGUCAGUCGCUCGUUUACUGCUGAUAGAGUUGUAUGUUGCUUGUUCGGAGCGUAAUCCGACGCGUAUUUGUUUACAAACUUCUCGAAUUCAUUUAAUCUUUAUUGUGGUCGUUAUUUACAACUCGAACAUAUAAAAGGAUUAUCAUUUUUGAUGUCAAGAUGAUGAAGCAUGUGCAGCUUUCUCCUUACAGGAGUAGAGCUGACACGGUGUCUUUAAGUUCAACCACGUCCUAUGGGAGUCUUAGUCCAGAGCCCUUAGGAAGUAGGUCUUCAAGCUAUUCUUCGUUAAGUGAAUCUAAUCCGCAGACCACUAUAAAAGUCUACGCAAGAUGCUUACGUCCAGAUAUCGAGUACAAAACAUUGGGUAUUUCGUUUCAAACCACCUGCAGAGAAGUCGUCGGUACGUUAUUGGGGAAGUACAAAAUGAAACACAGAGAUCCCAAACUAUUCUAUUUGAGUAUGGAGGUAACCGUACGAAAAGCGGGAGUACGUACACACUUAGCGUUGGAUGACGAAGCCCGACCUGCUGUUCUACAAAGUUGUCAUCCAAAGGGAGACUCCAAAUUCUCCCUUCAAACCAAGCGAGGUGGAUUAGUGAAAGUGUACGACUCCGCCUUAAAUAAUAACUCUCAAUAUAAAUGUUUACUAAUCAGCUCGCAAACUACAUCAGAUGAAGUCAUAUCCUUACUAUUGACUUGUUGCAAUAGUAAAGAGAGAGUAGAACAAUUCUCAAUAUACGAAGUAUGCACGGAUAAAGAACAACAGCGCAAAUUACAUCCUGACGACAGACCACUACAAGUUCAACAUUCAUGGUUACCUUCACUCAACUGCCACUUUUUAGUCAGAAGGAAUCCAGAAUACAGUUUACCACUAUCGAGGCGGAAGAUAUACUGGGUGCCCGAAUUACCACCAAUACCUUCAAAUAAACGACAGCAGUUAGCCUACCGAUCUCAGUUACUGUCAAGAUCACAGAACUCCCUACUUCCGUGUAGAGGUGUCGAAGAAAAAAUAAAAAGUACAAAAGACAGUUCAUCAAAUAAAAAAAGUGAAAUGAACAGUAAACAAGUGUCACUAUCGAUGGCGGAGAAACCGUCAUAUGCAGAUUACGAGAAUUACUUUUAUAUUUGAAUCUUCAAAGAUCGUUAUUUAUGUUAGUUGUAAGAUCGAUAAUGCCAAAGACGAAAACGAAAAUUGUUUAGUUUAACUUUUCCCGCCAAAUAUAUAAUGUAUAUUCGAACAUCAAAUUAUAAUGUUAAAUCGAUGUGUUUGUAUGUAAAUGUUUUAUCCAAAGAUUAGUAUUUAAAUUUAGGAUGUAACUAUUAGUUUUGUUCUUUGUAAGUGUUGUGCAAUGUUUUUUUAAUUAAAAUUGAGUAGAAAACUGUAUUUUGAAUAUAUUUGAAUGGUGUAACUAAAUGUGCCUUGAUAGAAAUGAUUGACUACAAAUCUUUAUUUAUAGUAUGUGUUUAGAAGAUAGUGUUUUCUAUUGUCAGUCUUGUAUUGCAAAAAUGUAAGCAUUUAAGCCAAAGAGUCUAAUGUAUAUACUUCUUGUACAGAAUUUGCGAAUUAAAUUGAAAAUUAUA